AUGGGUCAACACAGUCCGACCGAUGUGGCAAACUCGGCAAUACUUCAGAACCAAAUCACGAUCGCCUUUCUGACAAUCGCCUGGUUCUCCCUACUGUUGAGGAUAUGGACGCGAACUUGUGUCAUAUCAAACUUUGGUUGGGAUGAUGCUACGAUGAUACUCGCCUGUUGGGUCUUUAUGAGUGAAUGCGGUUACAUCAUGUCCAUGAUGAUAAUCAAGGUAUCGGUCUGUAUCUUCUUUGCUCGCAUCGUCGUUAAGCGUGCCCAUUUCAUCAUCAUAUACGUUACAGCUGGCGUCAACAUUGGAUCGUCUCUCACUGCCUUCUUUUACUGUCUCUUCAGAUGCGGACCUGAUCUAUCCAUAUACAUCCUUAACGAAUUCACCAAUAACUGCACUUCUGCAUCCACCGACUUGUUCAUGGGAUAUCAGCAAGGCGCCUUCAGCGCUCUGACAGAUAUAAUAUUCGUUAUACUGCCAGUCUUGCUUCUUUGGAACGCCCAAAUGGACUUGAGGUCUAAAUUAUCCAUCGGCUUCGUACUGUCCUUGGCAGCACUUGGAUGCAUCUGCUCGAUCAUACGCUUCCCCUAUAUAGACGGACUUGCGAGGACCAAGGAUUUCUUUUGGAACGUAGUCAACGUUUCCAUUUGGAGUACAAUAGAAGCAGGUGCUUGCAUCACUGCCGGGUGUAUAGCAACGCUAAGACCGCUUUUCAAACACGUCCUUCAUCGAGCAAGGGGCUCAAAUGCGCUGUCCGGGUCCAACACCACAACACUGUCAAGAAGCGGAAGGUCGACGCAGCAAUCUUAUACACCAAAGAGCGCACACGGUAGCUCAACGCCACAUUAUGAUAUUGCACUUGCGGAAAUCGAUCGAGACUGCUGCGGCGCCGAGGAUAAGCAGCCAGGAAUCGAAUAUUCACUUGAACCCAUCAGUAGCGUAUCUUUGGCACCAAACGGCGAGGAAGCAAUUACGCUUUCAUCCGACAUAGGCCAUACGCGCACAAGCAUGGACCCCAUCUUAGGAAGACAAGACUUGCCUGUUCCCGAGCUUGGUUGGCACUAUAGCUCGAGCGAGGGGCCCGGAAAAGAACCAGCAAAGAAUCAUGACCGAAGCGCGCGUGUAAGCUGGUCUUUCCGCAAAGACGCUGUCUUAGAUAUACCUCCGAUACUCCAGAGGCCUACCACUGCACCGGCGUCGCCGGAUUGUUAUGGAGAAGUAUGA